CCAGGUUAGGUUGCUCAGGAGUACAGCUUCCAGUGAAGUUAAUCUGGGGUGAACCAAACAGAAAAUUGUGCGAUUUUCUUGGUUUACAGAAGAGGAAAAUGGCUCAAGAAACUAACCAUAGCCAAGUGCCUAUGCUUUGUUCCACUGGAUGCGGAUUUUAUGGAAACCCUCGUACAAAUGGAAUGUGUUCAAUUUGCUAUAAAGAACACCUUCAAAGGCAGAAUAGUAGUAAUGGUAGAAUUAGCCCUCCUGCAACUUCUGUCAGUAGUAUAACUGAGUCUUUACCAGUACAGCACACAGAAGGCAGUGUCCCGGAAACUCAGUCAACAUUAGACUCUACAUCUACCCAGUCUACGCAACCAAGUCCUGUGUCAAACCAGUCACUUUUAACAGAAUCUGUAGCAUCAUCCCAAGCAGAAAUUACAGCUGUGGACAAAACAGUACCUGAAACAGAAGAUUUGCAAGCUUUAGUGUCAGAGAGUGCAGAGUCUACAUCUGAAGAACAAGACAAGUCACUUGACAAACCAAAACAGAAAAAGAAUCGCUGUUUCAUGUGCCGGAAGAAGGUGGGACUUACUGGGUUUGAAUGCCGGUGUGGAAACAUUUACUGUGGUGUGCACCGUUAUUCAGAUGUACACAGUUGCUCUUACAAUUACAAAGCUGAUGCUGCUGAGAAAAUCAGGAAAGAAAAUCCUGUAGUUGUUGGGGAAAAGAUUCAGAAGAUCUGAACUGCUGCUUCUGCUGGAAUAUAAAAUCCCUAGACCAUCUGCAGAUUAAAUUGACUUGAGCUUUUUUCUUAGUCAUCAGGAAUGUAGAGCAGUGUAUCUUGCCUAGACCUUUUAAUCAUGCAUGUCAUCAGAAGAAUAGAUUUUUUUGUUUGUUUGUUUUGAAAAUGACUCUGAACAUUUAUUUUCAUUGCAGUUUUCUGUGGCUGACGACUUAAGUAAACUUUACAAGUAUUAUCCUUUAAGAUCAUUUUAAUUUUAGUUGAGUGCAGAGGGCUUUUAUAACAAACAUGGAGAAAACAUGGGAGGGCUGUGCUUUUCCAGUACAAAACAUGCAUGCAUUAACUUUGCAGUUUAUUUUCUUGUUGUAUAUAGCUUUUCUCUGCAGCACGAUUUCUUUUUUGGUAAUGCCUCAUGGCACAACUAGUUAUCAGUAACUGAAUGUAUUUUAAUCAUUAUGGCUGCUUCUGGUUUUCAUUAACAAGAAAGGUUAUACAUGUUAGCAUAUUAGCUUGUUUGCACCCACUACCUAUUUAUGUAUGAAUCAUUUGUAAUGAGAGAGUGUGUACUGAGAUUAUAAGUUUGUGUGGUUUUU